UGUGAGCACGCACUCGUGGGUUAUGCUGGGAUUGAUGACCUUUAAUGUCACUAUUCUACUGCAUUUCAUGUGGUUUUAGCUUGUUUUCCAAAUACUAGAUAAUGUGGUAUGAGACACUGCCAGGAAUUGCCAUAAUGGCAGCCUGUUUGAUGGUGCCUGGUAUUUCUACUAUUUGGAUUCACAGGUGGACAAACGGUGGAAAGGAGAAGAGAAUAGCUCUGUAUCCUUACCAGUGGUAUCUGAUGGAACGGGAUAGACGAAUAUCGGGUGAAAAUUUGUAUUAUAAGUCGAAGGGCUUGGAAAAUAUUGACUGAAGAACGUGUUGUGUAUCUGACUGCACCAUUUCUUGUACAUUAACAAAUAGCAAUGCGUAGGCUGUAUUUUGGUUUCAUUUGUUAAAAAUGCAAAUUGUGCAAAGAAUGAGGAGUAUAAUAAACAUAUAAAGAUGGAA